UCUUUGGUGGUGAAAGCCCCUGCCGAGCCGGCGCCAUGCGUGAGUACGCUGAGAAGAAGGAGACAUGUGGCACCAUCUGCCUCAAGUACCUGCUCUUCAUCUUCAACUUCUUUUUUUGGCUGGCUGGUGGGGCUGUGAUGGCAGUGGGCACCUGGACCCUGGCUGAGAAGAGUGACUACAUCAGCCUGCUCUCCUCCAGCACCUACUCAGCCACUGCUUAUAUUCUGGUGGUGGCUGGGGUGGUUGUGAUGGUCACUGGCAUCCUGGGCUGCUGUGCCACCUUCAAGGAGCGUCGCAAUCUGCUGAGAGUGUACUUCAUAUUGCUGCUGUGCAUCUUCCUCCUGGAGAUCAUUGCUGGCAUCCUGGCCUAUAUCUACUACCAGCAGCUGAGCAUGGAGCUGAAGCAGAAUCUGAAGACCACCAUGACCCAGAAGUACAGGAAGGAGGGGGAGGAGAGCGUUACCAGCGCCGUCGACAAGCUGCAGCAGGAGUUCAAGUGCUGUGGGAGCAACAACUACACGGACUGGGCUGACAGCCAGUGGAUCAAAUCUGCAGAGGCCAGUGGGAGGAAAGUCCCAGACAGCUGCUGCAAGACCAUCACCGACCUGUGUGGCCGCAGAGACCACCCCUCCAACAUCUACAAGGAGAGUGGUUGCAUUACCAAGCUGGAGAACUUCAUUCAGGAGCACCUGAAGAUUAUUGGGGCCGUGGGGAUCAGCAUUGCCUGUGUGCAGAUCUUUGGGAUGAUUUUCACCUGCUGCUUGUACAGGAGUCUGAAGGCAGAGCCCUACUAAGAGCUGCAGGAGCUCUGUGGCUGCCCCUCCGCCGCUCCCCUUAGCGCCUGCCCGACUGCCCACUCUCCACCACCACCACCACCACCACAGAACUGUCUGUAACCCGAGGACUUGGCUCUGCUAUUCACUGCCUCUCCUCCCCUGCCCCUCUGGGGGACAGUGCCAGCCUCCUGGUUGUGGGAAGCAGGUCCUCUCCGCUGUCAGUAACCCAAAGAGCUGUGGACCUUCUGCCAGAAGCUUUAGCCCAGCAGUCCCUCGAUGUAACUACCAAGCAGCAUUUAUCCAGGGCCACUUCUCUUGAGCCAAGGUGAAGGGAUCAGGAUGGUAGAAGAAGAGCCAUGAGCAGUGGCUCAGCAGCAGCAGCAGGCCUUUGCUGAGAGGACAGAUGAUGUUUCUGUGCCGAGCUGGAGCCAGAGCUGAGUCUCUCACCCAUGGAAGGUUUCUCUCCCUCUUCCCCACGCGUGCACCGGAAUCCCCACGCAGCAGUUCUCCUCCUGAGAGGUUCCUUGGAGCAGGAGCUUCUCUCCUUGCUGACUGGAAGCACAGCUCAAAUCUUGUCAUGACUCUGAUGGUGCCUUAGGACUUCCCAGCCAUGCUUCCUCCUCUUCCUUGAAGCUUCUUCCCAUCACAGUGCUCUUAGAAGCCAGCAGAGGCCUUUUGCCUCCAGUGAUUCCAGAGCCAGGAUGAUGGAUUGCUUCCUAAUUCUUUUGGUCUGGUCUGUUGAGUGGCUUCCAGCAGGAGAGAGAGGACUUCAGCUUCCUCCUCCCUAUCCCCUGCUGGGGUCUGGUGAAGGUCAGGUCUGUGGAGCUGGUCUAUCUUUGGCCCCUUCGGUUCUGCCUUCUCAGCUCUCCCACACGUUGAGAGAGGAGGCCCUCAGCUUGGUUUGGCUCACUCACACCUCCAGGCUUGUCUCUUCUGGGCAGGAAAUGAAUCUCUGCAGAUGUUUUGUCAGCCUCCAGAGAGCUCAGGAAUCAGCUGAGGGGCUGCAAUGACACCUGGAAGCCCAUUUACUGCUUACUGGUCAGGAGAGUCAGCUUCAAGCAGUUGCCCCAGUGUACUUGGCAAGCUGGGAGUGCUGGCUUAGCUGCUGCAGAGGAAUAGGCUUGAAUUUAACUUUCCCUCUGCUUUGGGAUCCUGGAUACAUGCAGGACACAGACAUCACCACUGCCAUGGACCUGGCACUGUGGUGGUGAUGCCAGCAGGGUCUUGUGUGCCUCCUGGUGUUCCUCUCCCCUUCCUGGUGUGCCUGUUACAGCCCUGGAGCAGAAAGAGCUGUGGGGUUCUGGUGUUCCUGAGCAGUGGACACCAGCCCUUUCCCUUUCAGAAACAAAUUGGAUCCCUCUCCUGGCCUUCUGGUGGUGCCAGCUGAACCCUGUCCCCUGGCAGCAGAGAGCUAACAGGAGCAAAGUCAGCCAGGCCUCUGAAGGGUCUUGCAGCACUGUGUGGGGGGGUUUUAGUUCUUCCAGAGCAGGAAUCUUGGGCUGGUGCUAAAGGGUGACUAAGUGGGAAUUCAGAGCAGGUCAAGCUGGAACUGCCCCCUUCAACAUCAGCCCCAUGAAAUAAUCCUUAACUAAUGCAGAGAGAGAGAGGGAGAGGGGGGUGGAGGAGCCCAUGGGGGGUGUCCUCUGUUCCACAGCAGAGGGAAAGAAAAAUGAUCCAAAGGAGAAAUCCCUGAAUGAUUCCUUGGUUUAUAAUCGAGUUCCUGACACCUAUUGACUACUAACUGUGAGGAAGAAGGGUUGAACACAUGGCUUGAAGCAGGAUUUCCAGGUUCUUAAGCAUAUCUUCAGAGCUGCCUUCACCCCCUGCCCUGCAGAUUCAUCACCCAGGGCUGGGAGAGGCCAGGAAGAAUGAGAUCCCACCAGUGGGCUGCCUUGUGUCCCUUCAGUUGGUUUCUACUGGUGUGGGUUUUUUUUUUUUCAAUGUAAUAAUAUUCAU